AUGGCGAACAAUCUCGCAGUGCUCCGUGCUCUCGACACCGCUCACACGCAAUGGUAUCACUUCAAUGCGAUUGUCAUCGCAGGGAUGGGGUUUUUCACCGAUGCCUACGACCUCUUUUGCAUCACCGCCAUUACGAAGCUCUUGGGCCGUCUGUAUUACAACGAUGGAAACGGUGCGCCGGGCAAGCUGCCCCCUAGGGUCAACAACGCCAUCACCGGCAUGGCCCUGAUCGGCACCCUGAUGGGCCAGCUCGUCUUCGGGUACCUUGGUGACAAGCUUGGCCGGAAGCGGGUGUACGGUUUGACCCUAAUCCUCAUGGCCACCUGCGCCAUCUGCUCCGGCCUCUCCUUUGGCUCAACGGCCAAGUCUGUCGUCACGACCCUGUGCUUUUUCCGGUUCUGGCUCGGCUUCGGCAUUGGCGGGGACUACCCCUUGUCGGCGACUAUCAUGUCGGAGUACGCAAACAAGAAGACCCGCGGAUCUUUCAUCGCGGCAGUCUUCGCCAUGCAGGGCGUGGGAAUCAUCUUUGCGGGGCUCGUCUCAAUGACCCUGUCGAGGCUCUUCAUGUGGUGGUAUCAACACGAUCCGCUCGACAAGCUGCCGAAUUUCAUCGCUCAGCCCGAGGCAGAUUUCCUGUGGCGGAUCGUGCUCAUGCUUGGCGCCUUGCCUGCUCUUCUCACCUUUUACUGGCGGAUGAAGAUGCCCGAGACCGGUCGUUACACGGCCCUGGUGGAGGGGAACGCCAAGAAGGCCGCAAUAGACAUGGGUCAAGUCCUCGACAUUGAGCUCGAAGAGGAGCAAGAGAAGGUGGCUCAAUUCAAGGCGGCUAACGAAUACAAAAUCUUCUCGAGUGCUUUCUGGGAUAAGCACGGUCUCCACCUCAUAGGCACGAUGAGCACUUGGUUCUUACUAGACAUCGCCUUCUACAGCCAAAACCUGACCCAAAAGGACAUGUUCCCAGCAAUGGGUCUCAUAAGACCGGCCCCUCGUAUGACCGCUCUUGAAGAAGUCUUCUAUACCUCGAGAGCCAUGCUCCUGGUCGCGCUGCUAGGCACGUUCCCGGGUUACUGGUUCACGGUAUUCUUAAUCGAGAAACUCGGGCGGUUCAAGAUCCAGCUCAUCGGCUUCUUCAUGAUGUCCGUCUUCAUGUUCGCAAUCGCCCUCAAAUACAAGGAACUCAAGGACCCGAACAAGCACGAGGGAUGGCUGUUCGCAAUCUUGUACGGGAUGACCUUCUUCUUCGCAAACUUCGGCCCCAACAGCACGACCUUCGUCUUGCCCGCAGAGCUGUUCCCAACCCGGGUGAGGUCCACAUGCCACGCUCUGAGCGCAGCGGCAGGGAAGGCGGGCGCUCUAGUCGGUGCCUUUGGGGUCCAGUCAUUUACGCUGGACCAGAACACGACCAAGAUCCGCGGCGCCUUGUUCUUCAUGGCCUUCACCAACAUGCUAGGGUUUUGUUGCACGUUCCUGGUGACCGAGACCAAAGGGCUGUCCUUGGAGGAGAUAUCGGGCGAAGACGACGGAGUGGCCUAUCUCCAUUUCUCCAAGCUCAGUUCAAGAAAAUGA